ACGUUUGAAGCAUAACUUGCUGCUACAGUUUCCGCAUUUUCCGAUUUGGACUGUUCUCGACUUAAUUUUGUCCCUUUAUCUCCAUUAGUACAUAAAUAUGGCUCUUGACAUUGUUGGGUUUGGUUAUGCUACCAUUGUAGCACUUGGUGGCAUCGUUGGUUACAUGAAAGCGGGAAGUACCAUAUCCUUGGUUAUGGGUGUGACAUGUGGCAGCCUGCUCGGGCUCGGGUCUUACUUGAUGACGAAUAACCCCAACAAUGUGUACCUGUCCUUGGCUGUCUCUUCUCUUCUGACGGGAGUGAUGGGAUACCGAUUUUCUAAAAGUGGCAAAUUCAUGCCAGCAGGGAUGGUGGCAGUGUUGAGUUUGGUGAUGGUAAUGCGACUGGCUCCACGGUUGAUGAAGUGAAUGAUUCUUGCAAAUGCUACGUCCAUGAGAUUAAUAAACAGAUAAUAAAGAUAAUAAUUCAGAAAGAUAUGCAAGGCUUUUUUCCACAAAAGAUCCAUCUACCAAAUGUGGCGAUUAUUAAACAUUCGGUCCAGGCUUCCAUAAGUAAAAAAAUAAUGCACAAACUGAUUUCUGAGACAGCUGGAAUGAAUGGAGAAAUAUGAGAGUUCUCCAUUCUUUAAUUUGAAAGUUGCUGGGUGCUGUUUUAAAACUGUUAAUAUGUAUUAUACAUGUAUUAAAUGUUUGUAAGUAUUAGAUUGAAUGUAAUUCAUUAAUACGAUCUAUCUGAUAUUCAUCUUGGGAUUCCAUUGAUCACCUUAUCAUUGCUACAAAUUAAUACAUGAUGUCGCUGUUUACUGUUUGUAUUUCUGUAUAUUUAUCGAUGCACCUUUUAAGGGAAGGUGAGGUCCAUAGAGAAUUUAUAUGUAAAUUAGUAAACUAGGAUUCGGUAGCCAACAGCCGUUAGGACCAACGAUUAAGGGUUUGUAAUGACUUUUAACUAUUAGACACCAGCCACACUCAGUGACCACUUAUGAGUCUACAUUUAGUUAAACUCUUGCCAGAUCAGGCUAAUUCUAUGUUGUUGGUCAAGUGCAACCCAACUUAAGCUGGAGCCUCCCAGACUUAAGAGCCUGGCACAGAUCCAAACGAUCAUUCCUCUUUCGGCACAUUAACUAAGUAUUUUUGCUCAAGUCAAUAAAACUCAGUAUUUUUAAUCA